AUGGCCGACCCAAGCACAUCCCCACCUCUAAUCCCGUCCUCCAUCCGCACCGCGCACGCCAAAAUCAAACAAUACAUUCACCGCACACCACUGAUCACGAACCAAUCCCUCAACAAGAUCUCCUCGUCCCCCGACCCGGGCGUGUUUCUUUCCGACAACCCGCCUCCUUUUCCGGCAGAGGGAAACGACAGCGAGGGUGAAGGCGUUCCGCGCUUCCGCAUCUGGAUGAAAUGCGAGAAUCAGCAGAGGAUCGGCGCCUUCAAAGCCAGGGGCGCGUUCCAUGCGAUCACCAGGCUGAUCGAUGAGAUGGGCAUUGAGGAGGUCAGGAGGGUGGGCGUCGUUACGCAUUCUAGUGGAAACCACGCGCAAGCACUCGCGCUCGCGGCCUCGACUUUCUGGAUCCCGUCAUACAUCGUGAUGCCGAAGAUCAGCACGCCGUCCAAAAUUGCGGGUACGCGGCUGUACACACGGAACGUGGUCUUCAGCGGGUCGACGAGUACGGAGCGCGAGGCCGUGACUGCGACAAUCAUUAAGGAACACGGCGCCAUCCUUGUGCCGCCCUAUGACCACCCGGAUAUCAUCCUCGGCCAGGGCACCUCGGCGUUGGAGCUGGAGGAGCAGUUCCACGAGCAGGCGCGGCAGAUGCAGAAGGACGCAACGUCAUCAAAUGCGGAUCCACCUACUCCCAAGCAAAGCCAAACCCUCGACGCAGUCCUCACGCCCCUCGGCGGCGGCGGCCUCCUAGGUGGAACGGCAACGUGGUUCAGCGACAAAGCCGACACAGUCGUCUUCGGCUGCGAGCCGAGCUUCCAGGGCGCCGACGACGGGCGCCGCGGCGUGCUUGCGGGACAACGCAUCGAACACGUCAAGACCCUCACCAUCGCCGAUGGCCUGCGCACGCCCGUCGGCGUAACGAACUGGUCCGUCAUCAGCGACCGAAACAAGGUCGAGGCCAUCUACAGCGUGAGCGAGGACGAGAUUAAAAUGGCCAUGCGCCUGGUCUUCGAGCGUGUGAAAGUCGUAGUUGAGCCAAGCGCCGCCGUGCCCCUUGCGGUGGUAUUGUUCAAUACUGAGUUUCGGGCGUUGGUUGCGGCGAGGCAGCUUGGUAGUGAGAAGGGGUUCUGGGAUGUGGGCAUUGUGUUUUCGGGCGGGAAUACCACCAUGAAGGCCAUAGCUAGCCUUUUUGCUGAAGAUGAGAGUGGUGCGGGUGGGGAUCGAGAUCGGGAUGGGGAUGUGCAGGGGAGAAGGGCUGAGGGUAUUGUCGCGUCUGAUGGGAGCACUCGUGUAGAGGAUGUUGCUGGGUAG